UUGAUAAAAAAUUAUUAGGUUCACAGAAAAAUUCAAACUACUUUGUCUUUUAGUUCUUUUCUACCUUCAAUGAAAGUAUUAAAUAUGAAAAAAACGUCACAAGGAAUAUUUGAGUUAAUGUUAAUGCUUUUUUUCUUCAAAGACAUUAACACGAGCUACUCCUCUGAGCAGAAUAUUCAAUAUAAUUUACCGACUUUCAAGAAAUCAGAAUUUUUGCCUGUAAUUGCGAAAUGUUGCAAUUCCAAUGAAGUUUUGAUUCCUAGUGAACACGAGAAAAUGCAAUGUAUCAAAUGGAACUCAACAAUUUUUUUUGAACCGAUCUUCUAUAAUUUUAAUAAAACUGGUAUACUUUCAUCGGGAUCAAGAUACAAAAAUGUGAAUACUAUUAUUGGAACACCAUGUUCAUCUGAAAGAUUGAAAUACAUUCUUGAUCCUGUUCAAUUUACCGAUGACUCAUACUACUUACUUUCAAAUGGUUCCAUUUUCGCUCCUAACUACGUUCCCUUUAUGUUCGAGCCAGGUGUAGAUUAUUGUAUUGAAGAGAUACCUGGAAUCGGAAUAAGUGUUAUCAUUUGCAUAUCUCCAGCUUUCAUAAUACAGUAUUGUUCAUUAACCUGUUUCUUCUGGUCAAAUAUUCUUUCAAUAGAGACAUAUAUACAAGUAAAGCACCAAAUUGACCAUAAUAGCCAUAAAUUACUGAAACGCAAAGAAGAACAAAUUCACCUAUAUUAUUCACUUUGGGCAUGGGGGCUUCCGAUGAUUUUUACUUUGUCAUUGUGGGCAUUAAAAAAUGAGCCAAGUUUACCAAGAAAUAUAUUAAAACGAAAUAUUCAUAGUUAUGAUUGCUGUAAAUACUGUGAGUAG